UCGCGCAAUUUGCAAAGCAGCGAAAUAAUAUUCUUGUGUGAGGAUUCGAGUGAGAGAGAGAGAGAGAGGACAGCUUCCAUUUUAUUUUUCUCUCUUCUCCCUCUCGAACUACAAUCAUCUAAUUCGACUGUGUUUUUUUUCCAAAUUGUGAAUCUUUUUAUCGGAGGAAAAAAGAGAUUUUGGUUUCCGUUUCUGGGUUUUUCUUAGAUUUUGAUAUUUUUCUCUGAUCUGGUCAUCAUUGUGUAUAGAUUCUCAGAUGGGUUUCUGAUUCUGGCUUCUUCUGAAAUAUCUUCCCUUUUGGAGUUGUGAGUUCUUCGUGUUUUUUUCUUUCCCACCUCAGUUAUGGCUUGGAAUGAGACCAAACUCAAGAGGCUUUAUCAAGUUUGGAGGGGAAGCAAUAAAUUUCUUUGUGGCGGUAGACUAAUCUUUGGUCCAGAUGCAUCAUCUCUAUAUCUAUCAACCAUCCUGAUCUUAGGCCCCGCUGUAAUGUUCUUUGUCAAAAUGUACAUGAAAAUGGCUGAUCCUCUUACCAAGAACCCAAAUCUUUGUAUUCCAAUCCUCUCGGUGUCUUGGAUACUCACCAUUUUGGAUAUAUUUUUCCUCUUAAUGACAUCUAGUAGAGAUCCCGGGAUUGUGCCAAGAAGUUUAAGGCCUCCAGAAUCAGAUGAUGCACCGGAUUCAACCACUCCAUCGAUGGAAUGGGUUAGCGGUAGAACCCCAAAUAUAAGAUUACCAAGGGUCAAAGAUGUUACCGUCAAUGGACAUACCGUAAAAGUGAAAUUCUGUGACACUUGUUUGCUUUACCGUCCACCUCGUGCUUCUCAUUGCUCAAUCUGCAACAACUGUGUCCAGAGAUUUGAUCAUCACUGCCCUUGGGUUGGCCAAUGCAUUGGAGUGCGAAAUUACCGUUUCUUCUUCAUGUUCAUAUCAACAUCAACCACACUGUGCAUAUAUGUGUUUGUGUUUUCUUGGUUGAAUAUAUUUCAAAGACAUAUGGAUGAGAAGAUUGGCAUCUGGAAAGCAAUAUCCAAAGAUGUUCUGUCGGACAUUCUCAUAGUUUACUGCUUCAUUACCGUGUGGUUUGUUGGAGGACUCACAAUAUUUCAUUCCUAUCUCAUCUGCACUAACCAGACUACGUAUGAGAAUUUCCGAUACCGUUAUGAUAAGAAGGAGAAUCCAUACAACAAGGGAGUUUUAGGGAACAUAUGGGAAAUAUUUCUAUCUAAGAUUCCUCCAUCAAUGAACAAGUUUAGAUCAUUUGUGAAGGAAGAAGAUUAUAUGAUGAUGGUUGAAACUCCUACUUCAAAUCUAGGUGAAAGCCUUGUUAGCUCCAAGGAGAAGAUCGAUAUCGAAAUGGGAGGAGGAAAGAUUGUUGAUGAGAGUGGAAAAAGCUACUCUCUGCCUGAGAUUCUCCGGAAUCUAAACUAUGAAGAUCUCGAGGAUGAUUGCGAGGAAGAUGACUUGAAGGCUAAGGAUCACCACCACCACCAUCACCAUCAUCAUAAUGAGGGAAUCAUCCCUUCUUUUGACCCUUUCUUUACUAAUGAGAAUGGUAGUAACGAAGAUGAGAGAAAUGGAGAAGAAUCAGGAAAAUCUUCAAGUGAUGAUGAAGAUGCAGGAAAACGCGAGCGAGUCUCCAUUGAAGAUGAAGAGAAAGUUGAAGGUUAUGAACGCAAUUGGAAUACAGAUAAAGGUAUGAAUAUAAACGCAGGAUCUGAAGAUGGAACAAGCUCUCCUCAAUCCACUUCCCCAAUGCUUCGUAAAUAGAGAGAAGGACUUUGAAGCUGGAGAAAUGGAGAUGGUUGCUUUGUUAUUCUUUUAAUUGUGUUUCAUAUAAUUGUGGGAGAAAACAACAUCCAGAUAAAAAAGAAUCAUUUAGGAUUUGUGAGUUUGACCUAUAGAUUUUUUUCUUUCUUUUUUUUCCCAUUUUUAGUUGUAUUUAUAUUUUACCAGAAUGGUUCAUCUGGAUAUCACCAGCAUCAUAUAUUUUAUUUCUCUUUAUUUUUUAUUUUUCCUUAUUGUUAUAAAAAGAUUUGGACCACAAAUUUUAAUGUAUACACUGUUGUCGGAA